AUGAUUCGCGAGGAGUUACCUGGGUUUGAGGAAUGUUUAAAGUAUAGUAUAUUGGGGAAACGUAGUUUCCUAACGUUUGUAAGAAACGAUUUCAUUGCUGAUAAAGUUGAAAGAGAGAAUCUUGAACAAGCUACAGUUGCCCCACAAUUCCUAGUUGAAAGAGCAGUGGGUCAUUUGUUACAUGGAUUAAGAUAUAAAUGUACGAUUUUGAACGAGAUCUCAUUGUCGUACUUAAGUUUAGGAGAUGAGCACGAGUCAGAUAUUCGAUAUGAUAUACGAAUCAUCCCGGAUUUGAAUGCGUUGACUAAUGAGGAACAGAUCUUGCUGGCAAAACAUAUGGUGGUCGAUUUUACAAUAACUGAACCUCUGAAUGACUUGACGAUGGACCAACCAGUUCAAAUAUUUAUUGGGAUCGUACCAUGGUCUGUGGAUACACCUGAACAAUUAGAUGGCAAUGUCACGAAACCACACAAGACUGUAUUGAAACCUAGUAUUACAGUCAUGGAUUGGUUAAAACAUAAAUUCUGGAUCGCUGGAUCGAUGCCUGAUGAGAGUCUUAACUUGGAACAUCGUAACAUACCAGGAACUACUGUUUCGAACGACAAUACUGCUACUACUGAUGAUGAUGAUGACGACGACGACGAAGAUGCCGAUAUACCUGAGACGAUAGAGAGUAUACAAAUCAAAAAUGACUUUUCAGAGGUUCAUAUCGAGCCAUCUGUACGACGUUAUAUCCUUGACAUCAUGAUACAUUUACGUAUGCACCGGUUGGCGUAUCAUAGUAAAGGUGGUGGUAUAAUCAGAGAUGCUUUAGAUAGUAUGAUCCUCUUAUGCAAAUUGUACAGUUACGAUCAAGGUAAGAAUUAUGUGACACCAAAUGUUGUGAAACAAAUGAGUUUCAUAUAUUUCCCCAUGCAUUUGGUAUUAAUUAAUAGUGCGAGACGAGACCCCAGUCGAUUAUAUGGUAGUGAUUAUAAAUUAAUUCAAGAAUUUUUAGAUAAUGUAUCAAAAGUGAAGAUGGAAAUGUCAGCAAAAUUAGAUAAUCCAUUAUUUUUGGAAUAUCUAGUUGUAGAGAAUACGAUAAACAAGAUUGUUCCGGCCAUUUAA